UCCACUCUGCUGGUGGCCACAGCAGGUUAGUGUCCAGCCCAGCCCGCUCCCUGGGGGAAUAUACCCUCUGUGCCCAGCUCUGACCCUCUCCACCUAGUCAUCUCUCUCAGUCUCUCUCGUUGGCUUUGACCAUCUCGCUCCCUGGAUGGGUCUCCGAUUAUCUCUGUCUACCUUUCACAGUCCCUGACCGUCUCCCUCGCUGUAUCCGAACAUCUCUCUCCGCCUCUCCUGCUGUCUCUGACCGUCUCCAGUCAUCUCUAGCCAUCUCUCACUUGUUCGGGCUGGUUCUCUCAUCGUCUCUAGCUCUCACUGUCUCUCUCGCAAUCUCUGACCGGCUAUCUCUAUCUCUAGACGUGUCUCUGGCUACAUUCCACUAUUUUGAUCCGCUCCUCACUGUCUCUGGGCUUCUCUCUCCCUGACUUCCACCAUCUCUGUCCACCUCUCACUGUCUCUGGCUGUCUCUGUCGCUGCCCCUGAAGCUCCGCUCGCUCACCGAUGGUCCCUUUCAGGGCGGGUGGGUGAGUAGGAGCGGGGCAGUUUUGUCCCUUCUCUGCCCCCAAACGAGCUGUUUGUUGUCCCGACGCCAGGGAAACCGGGUGGGGGCGGGUCUGGGCCCGCCGCCUCUCCCCCUCCCCUUCCUCGGCCGGCGCUGCCCGCUGGAGGGAAGCGGGGCGGGGGAAGGAGCCAGGGGAGAGUGAGGCCCGCGGGGGGGAGGGUCCUUGCCAUCCCUUCCCCAGGUGCCCCCGCCUCGCCAUGGGCACGGAUAUCUGGAUCGGGACGUGGCGGCCCCACCGACCCCGGGGCCCCAUCGCCGCCCUGUACGGCAGCCCCGGACCCAAGUACCUGCUGCCGCCCAGUACAGGACACCCCCUGCACGACCCCACCCGCGCCCGCGCUCCCGCCUUCAGCUUCGGCUGGCGGCUGCCGCCUCGGGAGCAGCCCCGCAGCCCGGGCCCCGCCUACCUGAUCCCCGCGCGCCUCACCGUGCGGGGCCGCGACGGCGCCGCCGCCUUCUCCAUCCACGGGCGGCCCCGUGCCCCGCCGACCUUCCGGACCCCGGGCCCGGGCUCCUACUCCCCAGAGCGGGCCGCCCCCCUCGCCUACCCUCGCCCCCCAGGACACUCCAUGGCCGCGAGGACCCGCGACUUUCAGACCGACCAGACCCCCGGCCCCGCGGCCUACACGCCCCCUGCCAUGCUGGGUCCCCGCUUGGUCAGCAAGUUGUCGGCUCCCAACUACUCCCUCUACGGCCGCAGUCCGGUGGGCAGCUUUUGCGAAGACUUCAGCAAGACCCCGGGCCCCUGCGCCUACCGCCCGGUGGACUCCGGCGUGUACAAGCCGCGCGCCCCGCGCUUCACCAUGCUCGCUCGGACCGCGCUGCCCGCGGACACCACCCAGAAUCCGGGACCCGCCGCCUACGACCCCGAUAAGCGCCGCCGGUCCCGGGGCCAGACCUUCGGGAUCCGCCACUCGGAGUACGUGACGCCGCUCUUCGUGGACGCGAAGGGCUAACCUGCCCCGGCCCGGUUCGGCCCGGUCCGGCUCGGCCUCCUGCAGAGGGGCCGGGAAGGCCUGCCCGCCGCCAGGUAGGCAGGCGCUGGGCCUAGGGACAGCGGAGGAGGGGGCCGGGGAGGAGGGCGCUCCGCACGGCGGCCAGAUCCCCGGCCCCCCCAAGUGCCCGGCUCUGCGGGUCCUCGCCCCCCGGCCCCCGGCCCUCUGACCCCGUUGCCCCCCAACCCCGCCUCGGUGGCCUCCUGGAAAUAAAGCCUCCGAUGGCGCUCUG